CACACGUAUAGGUCAUGUGACACCAUCUUGUGACAAAAUGGCGGCGCCCAGUAUGAAAGUUGCAGUGUUAUUGCUGUCUGUGUUUUCCAUGGUGCUGGCCAGGCUGGAGGAUGAUUUGUUGUGUAGCUCUACCAGUAUUCCCCCAAACAAGAUGGACAGGGCCAAACUGACCAUUAUAUCGAAGUUCCCAAAUGAUAUCAUUUUAUGGACGCAGACUACAGAAUGCCAUGGAUGUAAAUUAAAGAAAACUGUUGGAAUUGAGAGCAACACCAACUGUACUGUGAGUCUGGAUACAAGAUGGAAGAUGCAGUACCAGAUUACGCAUGAUGUUGACAAAGCUCAUCCCCCGCAAGAGGGCAGCUGUCCGAAAGUGACUUUAAAGUUGGAUGAAUAUGGUAUCUACUACAUCUAUGUCCAAAGAAAUCCUCAUAACAGUUCCUUCAUCAAAUGUGAUGCUGCACUGCAGAUGAACAUGUCAGCUGAUAGUAGCAUUCCUAUAUAUGUGGCCAUAGGGAUCUUUGUAGGCGUGGCGUUGAUCUGGGUGUUCGCUAUCAAUUGUCACAGACGACACUGGUGGAACAGAAUGUUACUAAGUGCUGGAGCAGAGCGCCUGAUAGAUCCGCCUCUCAAUGAUACUAAGGAACAGGGAGAACUUAUCAAGGGAAAGCAAACAGCAGGCAGUGGGAGAGCUGUGAGGCAGCGCCUUGGCCGCACUAGACAGUCCCAGACUAAGGGGAGGCAUGCCUAUACCUCACAGGACCUCGGCAGCAUGCAGAACAUGAACACGAACAUCAACCCUGUGGACAAUGAGGAGAGCAGACCCAAAAAAGAACGUUUAAAAUCAUUGGAUACUUUCAGAGGAUUGAGUUUAGUGGUAAUGUGCUUUGUUAACUACGGUGGAGGGGGUUACUGGUUUUUCGCCCACUCUGACUGGAAUGGUAUCACGGUGGCAGAUUUGGUUUUCCCCUGGUUUGUGUUCAUCAUGGGCACUUCAAUGGCCUUCUCCUACAGUUCUCUUCUUCAAAAAUGUGUCCCCAAGUGGAAAAUAUUUCUGAAGAUUCUGAAGAGAUCUUGUAUUCUGUUUGUCCUCGGUUUGAUCGUCAACACAGCAGGGGGACACUCACCUGUGUCCCUGCCAAAUUUGAGGAUCCUCGGAGUAUUACAGAGGUUUGCACUCACCUAUCUCAUCACCGCCUCCAUACAUCUACUGUUUAUCCGUGAGACUGACACCUACAUGCACUCCAACUGGAGCCAGGCUAGGGACAUACUGUACUACUGGCCAGAGUGGAUCACUAACUUCCUGUUAAUUGCCUUACACUGUGCCCUGACGUUUGGAAUGGACGUACCAAACUGUCCUAAAGGAUACCUGGGACCAGGUGGUGAGUCUGACCUUGGAAAAUAUCAAAACUGUACUGGAGGGGUGGCAGGCUAUAUAGACAGAAUGGUUCUGGGGGAUAGCCAUAUCUACAACAACCCUACCUGUAAGGAAAUAUACAACACAAAGGUUCCAUACGAUCCUGAGGGAAUUCUGGGAACCAUCACUUCCUGUUUUAUGUGCUUUCUGGGUUUACAGGCUGGGAAAAUCCUGAUGUAUUUCAAGGAUGUUAAAGGUCGUGUGGUGCGUUUCCUGAUUUGGGGAUUUGUGCUGUGCCUGAUUGCUGCCAUUUUGUGUAAAUUUAGUAAAGAUGAUGGCUGGAUCCCCAUCAACAAGAAUCUGUGGUCUCUGUCCUUUGUGCUGUGUCUGGCUGGGAUGGCCUUCAUAGCUUUAACAGUGUGUUACCUCAUGAUUGAUGUGUGGAAAAUAUGGAACGGGGCUCCAUUUUAUUAUCCAGGGAUGAAUUCAAUCGUGGUGUAUAUUGGCCACGAAGUGUUUCACAACGCUUUCCCAGUCCAGUGGGCAGUGUCCUCCACUCACACGGCACUCCUACCCCUCCACCUCUGGGGUACCUUCGUCUGGGUGUUUGUCGCCAUCCUCCUCUACUGCAAGAAGAUCUUUGUGGCGAUCUGAUCCCAGCCUAUACAUUGUAGGUGGAGCUACAUCAGUCACGACAGUUGACCAAUCGUGUGUGGUCAUGUGGUCAUGUGGUGUCAGGUUAUUUCUACAGAGUAUCAGCUUUAAUGUGAUUUAAUAAACAAAUAAAUAAAAUUAUUUUUGUAAGAGUGCUGAAAGUGUUUUAAUAUGGUGAAAGGGAUAAUUUUAUGAAUAGAAUCAAUUAUAAACUAUGUACUGAAGACAACUGUAAUUCUUUGAAUUUUAAGAUUCGUAGUCAUGGCAAAAUUUAAAUGUUCAAAUUGUGGUCAUGUAUUUUAUGCUUGUUAAUAAAUGUAACAAAUAUUGUAUAGGGUUGACAGCAUGAAGGUCUAGAUACAUUUUUAUACCUCCUGAUGAUUUGUAUCCCAGGCAACAAGGUUUGAAGGGGUUACUAAAAUUUGCUUGUCCUUCUGUCUGUCCAUCCAUCCCUCUGUCUCUGUCCUGACUAUUCCUCCUUAACUACCAAGCCCAUUUCAACAAAAGUUUUGGGAACAGUCCCUGUUUAGAACUUUAAUUGCUGAUAAUAUUAUUAACAGACUUUUAUGAAUAUUUACAUCAAUUCUCAUAUUACUUAAUUUACACAACAAUAUAUUUUUGCUUUGAUCAUUUUAACAGAUUCAGGAGUAUUAGUUAGCCUUGGCUCACAGUUCUAGUAUUUUGAGACACAGCAGAUUUAACCUCUGUUUCUUUUCUCGGGAUCGAUUGAAGUUCCACAGAUGUGACCACCAUACGAUCCUCAUCACUACUAUAUUUGUUAUUCCAUUAAAGUGAAUCUUUUAUGACAUAAUUCAAUAUUUGAUUGAAAGUUUAUCAUGUUUUAAAGACUUGGUUUAAUUUCAAGCAAACAAACUUUUCAUUUUUAAAUAUGACCAUUAAAUAACAUUCCUGUAUGUUUUUCUUGACUGAACACCCCAGAUGAUGUAGCAGGGGAGAUGAAUCACACAUGACUUAACAUGACUAGACGAUAUAUGGUGGCCAUAUGCAUGCCAAAGUUAGUUUUGUGUGUGGCUGAAGUGUCAUCCACCCUCUAGUGGCCAUGACCAAGUGGGUGUAUUUUGUGUGAUUGGUGUGACUAUGGGGCCCAAGAGUAUAGUUCUAGAGAGAUACCACUGAAACAGGUAGAAAUGUUUCGUCAUCAUGGCGUGUGUGUGUGUUUGUAAGUAUAUGCAUUUUGUAGAAUGGGUAUGUUAGAAUGAAUGAGAUAGAAAGCUUUAUCUUGUGCCAAAUUGAUAAUGGUGUAUAUAGAAACUUGUACUUUAUCGAAAUAUAUGGUUAAUGUGAUUUAUAUGAAGACACAACACCUAACAAGAACCACUGGUUAUAGGAUGUGAGGAUCAGAUAUACUAUAGCUCAUCUAGAUCUGCGUCUCACAUCAUUUUAUAUUUUGUAUAACUGUGUAAGCAUGUAUGUUAGAGCUGUUUUAUCAAGAGGGAUUGUGUGGAUGUGAUUAUUAUUACUGUUCUAUAAUAGCUAUUUACUCUUCGUCCUGUGUAUCUAAGCCACAUAGUUUAAGUGUUUAUCACAGCAUACACAUCAUUAGUUAACUCCCUUGCCCACCACAGACACUUAUGUUAACACACAAUGAUGAAGAUCUGUCUUUGUUCAUAAUACAUUUUAUCACAUAAUGUACUGUGUUAUCCAGUGAAUAUACCCAUGUCAUAUUUUUUUGUGUAUUAACCCAUGUAAUAUGACCUUGUUUCAAUUGUGACGUCACUCCUAGGACAAGAACAUGACAUCAUAGACUUCACAUUGGAGUCAAAAUGGCGGCUUUUUACAUUUCAAGGUUGCAUGAAAAUUGUCGUUUUACACAAAUAAAUGCCACAAAU